CCAUCUUGUAGUGACUGUCAAACUCCCGCCGGCCGCCAUGGCAGCUCUGCAUAUCUCAGUGCUGUUCGCUGUUUUCUUUGUUACCUACUGCUACUCAGCAAGUCUCCCAAGAAGCUUCGAAUCCAGAUUGAGUGAGGAUGUGAUCUCAUCGCCAAGGAAGAGACCGUUUUGCAAUGCGUUCACAGGCUGCGGACGUAAGAGAUCCCAGACACCGGGAAUGCCUGUACAAGAAAUGAUGCGACAGAAACAGUUGUAUGAUGACGACCUUGGCGCUUAUCUGGACUCAGACCCGGCCAUGGACGAGCUCUCGCGUCAGAUCCUGUCGGAGGCCAGACUCUGGGAGGCCAUGCAGGAGGCCAGCGAAGACCUCUCUAGGCGAAGACAGAAGUAUAUCCAGUAAACAAACAACGCGGAACUUCCAUGAUGAUGCAUAUAUAAUUUUAUUUUGUUGGCCAUUUAUCCAACUUUAAUAAGCAACAUGGUGGAAUCACAGUUUACUUCUCAAGAACGAUAUCCUCGCAGAGCUGCUAUAUCAGCUAUAUAUGAAAGGGAAUCCCAAGUGCAUCUACAUCCUCAUGAAUCCAGGAAAUUCUCACAAUUUCUUUUUAAUGGCUUUCACUAUGCUUUGCUGCCACCUUGUUAGUUACACUCUAGACUCUAGAGCUUGACGACUAAUUUAAGUAACUUAAUUAGAAAUUUUGUGAAUUUUGGCUUUAAAUUAAUUAUUUUUAUUUUUGAAAGAGAAUUUUUGGAUCCCAAAACGAAAUAAUAGCUUGAUUAAUUUGAAAUUAUCAGGGUCAUUGAUUCCAUUAAGUCUUAGUUGUACCCAGUAUUAACGUUUUGAAAAUGAUGAAACAGCUGACCUCUUAAUAAUAAGUACUAAAUACCAAUACGUAUUAUAUUUUAUAAUUACAAUUAUUGAAGCACCACUUAAAAAAUUACAAGUAAAUCCAUCUGGAAGUCUAUAUUUUAUUUGUUUGAUUAAAUAAUAUCAACGUUUUUAGAUAAUAGAUACCUUUCACAUGUAACUUGGGAGAACACAUAUGUGCAUUUAACUUCAUCAAAACAUAAGUCGAUAACUCUCGAUUACUGUAAUCAAAUCUCGAAUACUGCUACUCGCUACUCUUGUAUCUAUCUAAUGAUAAAUUAUAACUUAUAAUAAUAAUAAUGCGUUUUUAAAAACUUACUUAAAGACAUUAUUAUUAAAUCAUUUACACUUAUUAAAAUCAUAUUUAUACUCUUUGCUGUAUGAUUGACCCGUAGCGUAGGUACCUACUACCUAUACUCUAAGAAAAGCAGUAAUUAUUGUCUAUGGUACAAUAGUUGUAGGACCGUGCUUCAAAAUGGCGGAUGAUUGUCUUGUUUUAGGUUAUGUAUUUUUUACUAGAAGGUGACAUAACAAUUGAUUUAAAUAAUAUUAUGUUGAUAAGAUUAUUUAUAAGUAAAAAAUGGUUGUUUUUAUUAUUAAUGAAACUCAUUUUAAUGUAUUAACUGCCCGUGAGGAGCUAUAUUUGUCUGUAAGCUGUAGAUUUAAGGUUUUGAAAUAAAUGUUUCAAUUUGAGGGAAUUAAGCCUUCGGUAUAA